AUGAAAAAUAAAUCGAUUUCCUUAGAAAUUGAUCCAUCAAUUAUGGAGAAAAACAUGAGAAUUGUUAAGGACAGUGCCGUGGAAGAAGAAAUCAAUAAACUUUUAGCGGAGACAAUACCGUCUCAGACCGUCAAACCGAGACCCGGGUUUUGUGUUAAAACAUUUACAAAGCCUGACAACAAAAAGGUUUUUGUUAAUAUCUGCUUGACUGAGGCUAUACCUUGUCCCAGAAAUAUUAGUAAUGGUGAAUUAAUGCAAAUACUGAACUCCGAAGACCCAUCUAGCUAUAGAGUGCCUAUGAGUAUCGGUGAAGGAAGAACUGAACCAGACAAGUCGGGCAUUCCAGCAACUGUCUAUGAUGUUGCUAUAAAUCCAGACUUUUUUUGUAAAAUCGAAAAAGAUGAUCUCUUCCAAACGUUCUUUCUCACCGUCGUGUUUGAGGGCCUACAAGAUAAAUAUCAGUUUGAACUUGAUAUGCAAAAAUUUACAAUAUUAAAGAAUAGAAAGUCAAUAGGGACCCUACAGUCACAUAGAAUUCAAGUCAGAGAUGUGAAAAAAUAUGAAGACAAAACAAAACCAUUGAUUGAAGAGAUACAAAAGCCGACACCUAAAAUAACUGAAAUUCCGGCAGUAAAGAAAAAGGAGUUAAUAUACAGGUUGAGAAGAGAACCUCCAGUUGGAGAAAUACAGUAUUUGUUAGCUGAAUUUAUGAUACCUUCUACAAUCGAGCUGAAGGAUUUAAAUCUAGAAGUUGGUGAAGACAGACUUGUACUGGACUCGAAGGGAUUGUUUCAAGUUGUUGAUUUCUUCCUACCAUGCAGCGUUGACCAGGAUAUUGUUGAUGCUCAAUUGAAUAGAAAUAAAGAUGUAAGUAUGGCUAUAUAA